AUGUUAGACAAGAUCUUGUUAUCGAAAAUUGAACCUAUCGAAACCUCGCUGAACUUUAAUGGCCACGAGUUCAAGAAGUUGCUAAGUAGAGUGGAAACGCUCGAGAAGAUAGUGAAAGCUCUUCAACUAGAAAAUCAAGCUCUGAAGUCUCAAAUUAAUUAUGUUAAUACUAUGGUGAAAGAGAAUUCAGCUCUUUUGGACAAACAGGAACAAUACAUGCGACGCGAAUGUUUGGAGAUCAAGGGAAUACCUCUCAGUCAAGAUGAGGAUGCAAGUCAAAUGGCUGUGCAAGUGGCCGACCUGCUUGACGUUGGCAUGGGUUUAGAGAACAUCUCUAUCAGCCACAGGCUACCAAAGAUACGUCCUUGGACAGACUCGAGCGGCACCGUACACUCGCCGUCUCCAAGUAUUAUCGCAAAGUUCGUCAGGAGGGAUGUCAGGGAGAAAUUUUACAGAGCAAGGUAUAAACUCAAGAACAAGACAACCAGGGAUCUUGGCCUAGCCUCGGACGAGGGAAGCAACAUUUACAUCGCUGAAAGCCUCACGCAAGCAAGGAAGAAGUUGUUUAAGUCGGCCUCAAAAGUGAAAAAAGGAUCUGAAGUUCAAUUAUUUCUCUAG